UUAAAAUUCGUUAUUAAUUCAAUAAACACUUAAUUUAUUAGAAUAAUUAACUUUUAAAAUUUUAAUGUAGAUGGUAUUUGUGAUUUUUAAAAUAAAAAAAAAUAAAAUAAAAUAAAAAAGAAAGAAAGAAAAUGUUGCUUUAACAUUGGCAAAAGUGAAGAUUCUAUAGUAGUGCGAAAAUUAGUUAAUUUAUUUGUUAUUCAUUUAUUUAUCUUUCCUUUGAAAGGUAAAGCAAAGUGUGCGUGUAUAUUUGGUUGGUUUUUUUUUUUUUUGAAAGUUAAUUUUCAAUACAUACGAACAAGGUAGGUACAGAGCCCAAUAGGCAGUGUUAACCAAAGGCUAAACAACAACAACAAGGCCCAAAUGGAAGAGGCCCAGGUUGGCCUAUGCAAGACUUAAAAGAGUGCCAAAAGCAGUUAAAAUAGGUCCACAACACAUUCCGGUAGCCAUAGAGAAUUGCCUCCAACCUUCGUCGACUUUCGUCAACGGUGUAAAUGGUUCGGCGGCACUGGAGGUGGCCGGAAAAUCAAUUCUUCCGCAAUUCUUCGAGCAUUCAAUGUAUCUGGGAUUGAGGAGGUAAGUAAUUUGGAUCUAACAGAAUCUAGUGUCAGGUGCAGAACCGAAUUUGCAAAGAGAGACUUCUUCUUGAAGAUCCGACGAGUGCGUUCUGUCCAAACAUUGUAAACCAGAGAAGCAAGACACGUUUUGGAUAUUGAGUUGUUGUAGAAUGCGUUGUUGCCAUUCCAAUGAUGCGAUGCCCAAGCAAUCAAUUCAGUCCAUGUAUAAGGAAGGAUAUGGAACCCACAACGUGCUCGAAGAAAUGACCAUAAGGCCUUUGCAAAAGUGCAAUUGAAGAAAAGGUGGUCAUGGGAUUCUGGUUCACUGCUGCAAAGGGUACAGUAUAGUGUAGCAUUGAUGUGCGCUGUAAUUGUGUGGUGUUUUUCCUUCCAAUACCAUCUAAUUAGGUAUACACACAACAUAAUAUAGUAAUAUACCAAGGCAAUAAAGUCUAAAAUGGAAUAUUAUUGUCUUGAAAAAAACAGGUAAACUCUCACCUUCUUGUACAACCUGUCUAUAAUGCGCAAUUGAAUCAAAUACCCAACAAUUAUAAGAAAAUAUAAUAAUAAUAAUAAAUUAUAAUAUUAUAAGAAAGUAUUAUAUGCAAUUUUUUUUUUUUUUUUUUUUCCUAUAGAUAGAACUGCUAUUUCCAUCUCGCGAGUAAUUGAGAAAACAGAGGUCCAUUUCAAUGGAAACUGAAGAAGAUCAGUUGCUGCAAGCUCUUCCUAGAGAGAGAAACUGGGAUGGGACUAGUUAUAUCUUUCAAUACCAAGGUUUCUGGUUUCCAUCAUGGGGAAUUCAUGGUGUGAUAUCCUUCCAGCGACGGUUUCAGGCACGAGCCACUGACCUAUUCCUAGCCAGUUUCCCAAAAUAUGGCACCGCCUGGUUAAAGUCCUUGAUCUUCACCACCGUAAACCGUGCCCGUUAUGGCCUCAAUGACACCCCCCUGCUCAUUACCAGCCCUCAUGAUCUUGUACCCUUCCUUGAUUUGGAUCUCUUCUCCAACAAAAACCAAAUCCCAGACCUCGAACACCAUCCUAACCCGAGAAUUUUCGCAACCCACACGGCAUAUUCAUUACUACCGGCUUCUAUGAGAGACUCAUGUUGCCGGAUUGUGUACGUGUGUCGAAACCCAUUGGACCAAUUCAUCUCCUACUGGCAUUUCGUAGUCCAGCGUUCCAAGGAAUAUGUGGCACCACCACUUUCGUUAGAAGAAAGUUUUGACAUGUAUUGUAAUGAAAUCCACAGUUUUGGACCCUUUUGUGACCAAGUGUUGGGGUACUGGAAGGCGAGCUUGGAGAAUCCAAACAAGGUGUUGUUCUUGAAAUACGAGGAUAUGAAAGAAGAUGGCAAGUUUCAAUACCUGAAGAAGUUGGCUGAGUUCUUGGGCUGUCCUUUUUCUGCUGAUGAAGAGAGAGAUGGAGUGAUGGAACAAGUAUCAAGGUUGUGUAGUUUUGAAAAUCUUAAAUCUUUGGAAGUUAAUAACACUGGAAAACGAAAGUCAGGGUCUCCAAACAGUGCGUUUUUCAGGAAAGGUAAGGUGGGAGAUUGGGCUAAUUAUCUAACUCCUUCAAUGGCACAACGUUUGAACAACCUUGUGGAAGAGAAGUUGGCUGGUUCUGGCUUAAGUUUCAAGGCUUCGUGAUCGAUCAGCCUGAAAAUUUGUAUGUGUGCUUGGUUGUUUUUUUUUUUUUUUUUUUAUGAUUGGAAAUAAGUGCGUUCAGUACCAGAGUAAGCCAGCUAUAUACUGUUGCUCAGCUCUUGUAUUUUCUCCAUUAUAUUUGAUUAUUGUCUUCGGUUUAAUUUCAUGCUGUUAAUUAAUAUGGACAGUGAGCUCGCGCGCAACUUAAUUAUCUAAAUUACAUGGUUAAUGAAGGAGAUGGUAAGCUUCUUUCUCUUGCAUGGGAAUGGUCUUUUUUUUCAUGUCU